AUGCCAGGAACGGUGGCUGAUGGACCGAGUGUGUCCAUGUCUUUUGCGAACAACUUCUGGGGCAAGGAUGAUGCCGGCCUUCACCCCAUGCUUGAGCGCAUGCAUGGAUCUAAAAUCACGAAUGAUGAACUAAAGGCGUUCUACAAUGUCCGCGCUGCCAUCGAAGAUGAAUACGCCAGAAAACUCCAAGCACUGUGUCGCAAGUCACUUGGAUCGGCUGAAACAGGAUCGCUGCGUGCUUCACUUGAUGUGGUUCGCGGAGAAACCGAAGCUAUUGCGAAAGCCCAUGCGGCCAUCGCGACCCAGAUGAAGGGUGAAUUGGAAGAGCCGCUGGCUACCUUUGCCAGCGGACUCAAGGAAAGACGGAAGAUCAUUCAGGCGAGCAUUGAGCGUCUGCACAAGACGAAAAUUCAACAGACACAGGCCGUGAACAAGACUCGCGACCGCUACGAGCAGGACUGUCUCCGCAUCAAGGGAUAUCUUGCGCAAGGCCACAUGGUGAUGGGCCAAGAAGAACGAAAGAAUAAAGCAAAGCUUGAGAAGACCCAGAUCCAGCUGGCCUCCAACAGCAACGAGUAUGAAGCUACGGUCAAGACUCUUGAGGAGACAACUGGGCGUUGGAACAAAGAGUGGAAGCAGGCUUGUGAUAAAUUCCAAGAUUUGGAAGAAGAGCGUUUGGACUUUACAAAGAGCAGUCUCUGGACAUAUGCGAACAUUGCAUCGACAGUCUGUGUCAGCGACGAUGCUGCUUGCGAACGCAUCCGCCUCUCGCUUGAGAACUGCGAGGUGGAGAAGGACAUUGUUUACUUUAUCAAGGAACGCGGAACUGGCCAAGAGAUCCCGGAUCCUCCACGAUUUAUCAACUUCUGCAAAGAAGAUGCAAGUGAUGCUGGCUCAGAGAUGGGAGAGGACGGCUACUCCGUCGCUCAGUUCCAGCGCACUAUGAAUCCUGCGUUCCGCACAUCCUCCCCCCAGCCGUCUGCAUACGAGUCCCAUAACGACCCUCAGUCCGAUCUCGCGGGUCAAAUGGGCCACCCUGCUGCGGAGAAAGGGGCUCAGCAACCAGCGCCUCUCGAUCUUCGCAGAGGCGGCCAACUUCCUCCAAACUAUGACCCUGAUCAGCAUGGCGAGAUCAACACGAUUCCACAUAAUGCAUAUCCAACGGAUGGUAUGACCAUGUUCUGUCGAGCUGGCCCGCCUUCGGAGCGAUCUGCAACCAGCGCAUAUCGUCCAUCCAGCCGCGAUUCUCAGAGCGAAAUCUCCAACCCGACCUCUAUGUCGAGCUUUGACCAAGGCAGUACCCUCAGUUCCAAGUCUUCUCCCGUUAAAUCACCUGGCCCCGGGCUGCCAAGUGACGGAGGCGAUAAGCAGAUUCAGAAGAAGAGAAGCGCGUUUUUCAGCAACAGUCCUUUCCGCCGCAAAAGUCGCCAUGAAAAAGAGAGACCUAACAUUUCACCCUCGCCAGCCAGACAGAGUCCGAUCAAAGGAGCUCCCAUGCUUAAUGACGGUCGUGUGUCUGGAAGCCCAGAGCCCGUGGAUCCUCGCGCAAACUUCCAGCUCAAUGUUGGCAACAAUGUCUUUGAUGUCGCUUCACCUGACAAGAGCUCCCCCAGGAAGGGAGCGCAACCGAUCAAGAGCCCUGAGGAUGACCUCGACCCCAUCGCUCGGGCUUUGGCUGACUUGAAGACCACUGGCAAGCAGUCGACCUCUCGUGUGUCGGCCGAUAGAUACCAUGGUAUUCAGACACCAAAUCCGUCCGCCCCAAGCUCGGCCUAUGGUGGAGGCGCGUCAGGCGCACCUCCUCCGGCAUAUCAUGACCCCUCCGUGAAGCGACUUGAUGCUCCUCAGCCGGCUUUUACCUCCAAGCAGAUGCAAAAGACGACCCAGCGAUACACUGGCCAGACUCAGAAUAUGCUCCGAGGCGGAAACGGCAACUCUCAGGACAUUCCCCGUGCUCGAUCGCCAGCUCCAAGGCGCAGCGCCAGUCCCCAGGUCACCCCUCGUGCAGACACUCGAACAAGCCAGUACAGCGGUGGAGGAGGCAGCCCUAGCCCAACUUCAUACCAGUCCAACAGCAUGAACGGCCGUUAUAGUCAAUCCCCAACGCCGCGUCGAACCCAAGAUCCGCCGUACCCGGCCAACGAUUACAAUAGGGGAUCACCUGGUGGUCUUAACCGUGGUGUAUCUCCUCAGCCCCAGUUCAGACAGCAGGCUCGUCCCUCCAGCGCCGGGGGCAUGGAGCUGCAGUUGUCUGGCAACCAAGUUGAGAUGUACGGUGGUGGCAGCCGCGAAGGAUAUAACUCAGCUCGACAAAACGGCCGGCCAGUAUCUUACUACGGUGAUGGCAGCGGUGCGCCGCCUGGCCGAUCCAGGAGCCGCACCUUGGCUGUUGCCGAAUCAGGAAGGAAAUUCAGCCGCGAUGGACGCCCGGUUCUGCAUUUUGCUCGCGCAAUGUACAGCUACUCUGCCGCCAUUCCUGAGGAGCUCGGCUUCACCAAGGGCGAAGUGCUGGCUGUACUUCGCCUGCAGGAUGACGGAUGGUGGGAAGCUGAAGUCACCAGCACCCGUGCUCGCCCCGGUCUGGUGCCGAGCAACUACCUGCAGAUCAUCUAG